AUGACGUCACAUCCAUGUGUACAACAAACAGGAAAGGAGCGAUUUUCAAGAUCGGCAACGAAUGCGAAUCAGUGCGAGGAAAAAAAUAUGAACGGCUACCGCAGCGAACACGAAGAGCAGAGUUCUACUGUUGGGCAGAUUUGCUGCCUUGUAGAAGACGGUGAACGUUGUAAAAGACCUGCUGGCAACGCGAGCUAUUCAAAGCGAAUUCAAAAGACAGUUUCGCAGAGAAAACUGAAGUUAUCUUUGGAUGCGAAUGUAAGUGAAUAUUGUGUGUAAUUGUAGUCCUGAAUCCUUUUGCCCUCGCAAUUUUGUUUUCCAACUGUACUGCACUUUCAUUAGCCAUGAAAGAGUAGAUCUUGAUGGGGAUCCGUUCCUAAACGGUUUUAUUUCAGGCGAGGCACAUUUACAUUUGCGAGCAUCACAAAAAUAUGAUUCAAAGUGUUCGCAGCAAGAGAAAACGCAAGGACUCUGAUGAUGACACGGAGAUGUCUGAGGUAAGAAUAAAGUUCUCGUUUUCUUUCCCUAGUAUUCAAACCAUUGCUUUUCGAUUUAUCCUUUUUGAUGUCCAUGUUCAAAACGUAACUGUCUUAUGGUCGUACGUAACUUCGAAUUUUUGACCGGUUGUGUUGGUUCAUGCCAUGCAGGUCGAUUUCUGUCAACUACAAGUUAACACGUUACGCCGUUACAAACGACAUUAUAAAUUGCAGACCAGGCCAGGAUUGAAUAAGUCCCAGCUUGUUGAGGUAGGUUUUUACGAAAAUGAGUACAAUUUAAAAACAUCUGCCUUGAUUUAAUUUUCUGAUCCAGACAUCUUUAGGUUGCUUCCUCAUUUUCAAUGAUUUAAAGCCUGCGAACUCAAGUCGAACCCAGAUUUGGGGCAAAUAUUUAAUCUUAUACGUGUUGGUACUCUGUUCGAUGAAAUUAUAACGUUGCCAAAAAAAGAGAUCCGUUUGAAGUGAUUUGAGGUUGAGUUGUCCUAGAAAUGUUUGACUACGUACAUGCAAUGUAUGCUGACUUCCGUGCUAGCCCAACCCCCCUACCCAUGCCUCUUUGCUUCUUUGUAAAGUUGGGGUAGGGUGGUUGUGGAAACUUGAAUUAAUUAACGUUUAUUCCUGGUGCCCGAAUGGGCUCUGAGUCAAGAACUAUUGACUCAGAGGCCAUGAAGGCGAGAGGAAUAAGUGUUUUAGUAACAUCCAACUAGUUGGUCAAAAAUAUAGACUUAGACAAAACAACUUUAGCUAGCAAAUUGCAAUUCAGCCGCCAUUGUUUUGGUUUUCAAAGCUGGCGCUUUUUGCUACUAGUGGGAUUAUAAAAUAUAGCCUAGUAGUAACUCAACCAAUCAGAGUGCAGCAUUGAUAAUAGACCACUAGUUGGAUUUUAUUAGCAUCUUUUAGCCUUGCAUUUUAUGUCAUACAAAAGUUGAUAAACAUAAUCCACUUUUUUUUUUACCUAGCUAAGCAGAAGGCUAUAGUUCUACUGAUUUUCAAAAUUUUAGGAAAAUCUCAGUUGUUCAGGAAUUCAAAAUUUAUCCACCAUCACACCUGUUGGGGACUCAGAUUUUUUCUUUGGCCUGUACUCGUAACAUGUUGAUCACAUCAUUUCUCAUUAUGGCAUUCAUGUACAGGAAUCUUUUAAUAAAAUUAGGUGAACUGUAUCUUUCUCCUCAAAUUACCUGUAUUUCUGGUAUACACAGUAUAUUGCUUGUCUUUUUUGGGGGGGUACCGUUAUAUUGGAAAAAAUGUGGUAUUUUGGGGGUGUAUUGGCUAAUUAUUUGUUUCCGCCCUGGCUUAUGUUCAUCCUUUAUGACAAUGGUGUGCUUAUUUGGAAAUUUCCACUAAUAGUAUGUUCUAGAUGUAGUUUGAUUAGAUGUUAUGCUUAAGGGAUGCCUGAAUGUACAUGUCAUUCAUCUUUCGGAUUAAAAACAAGAGAUAGCUGGCAAACAAAGCUAAUCUGCUUCUUAUUUGUGUUUUUUUUAACUUAGACAAUCCAAAGACACUUCAAGCAGAUUCCAUGUCCAGAGAAGGAGACUGUGACAUAUUUUAUUUACAUGAUCAAAACCCAUAAAAGCAAACUGGAUCAAAAGCCAGAUAGUAAUUGA